AACAUGGCCGGGGAACCCAAGCCCUACAGACCAAAACCCGGGAACAAGAGGCCCCUCUCUGCGCUGUACAGACUUGAGUCAAAGGAGCCUUUCCUAUCUGUUGGUGGUUACGUCUUCGACUAUGAUUACUACAGAGAUGAUUUCUACAAUCGGUUGUUCGACUACCACGGCCGCGUGCCCCCACCUCCCCGCGCGGUCAUCCCGCUGAAGCGCCCCAGGGUGGCUGUCUCGACGACUCGCCGGGGAAAAGGGGUCUUUUCCAUGAAAGGGGGCUCGAGAUCUGCCGCCAGCGGGUCCUCUUCAUCAGGCUCGAAAUUGAAAUCGGAUGAGUUGCAGACAAUCAAGAAAGAAUUAACGCAGAUCAAAACUAAAAUCGACUCCUUGCUAGGGCGCCUGGAGAAGAUUGAGAAGCAGCAGAAGGCAGAGGCGGAAGCUCAGAAGAAGCAAUUGGAAGAGAGUAUAGAGCUGAUCCAAGAGGAAUGUGUGUCGGAGAACGCAGACCACUCUCCCGAGGAGCCUGCGGAAGGAGGGCCCGACGCGGACGGCGAGGAGAUGACUGACGGCGUAGAGGAGGACUUCGAGGAAGAUGGGGGCCACGCGCUGUUUCUACAGAUAAAGUGAUCUGAAUGAAUGAAUGAAGCCACGAAGCAGAAAAGAGGCGUUCUGACAACCCUAGAGAUGUCAGAGGAGAUUCCUUACUGGAGAGCAACAUCUUUGGUUCAAUUUACAUAAAAACCCAAAUAAAUAAAAUGGACAGUAUUGUUCAGUCUUAGAAAUUCCAUUUCUUCUAUGUUCUGAGCUGUAUAAUUGUCAGAUUUUUAUGGUUUAGAUUGUAAAUGUGUGUUUCCCUUUGCUAAUUAUGUUUGGGUUGUUGUUGUUGUUGUUUGUCUUAAAAAUCUUAAAAUGUGAAGGAUAUUAUGAAUGGUAAGGGAGACACUAUAUACAAAUGUAUAUUUGUAAAAGCUAUUUUUAUGAUUAGCAUGUUUCACCAUUGAUCAUAUAUAAAGUCGGGUGAUAUUGCAAUUCUAUGUUUAAAGCUUAUUCCCAACAAUGUUAUGUAAGAAAAGAUACAUCAUAUGCUAGUUUUUGUAAUUUAUUUUUAAUUUAUAGUUUAAAGUACUUCAGAUCAUAAGGAUAAAAUACUUGAAAAGGUUAUAUUUCUGCCCUAUAUGCGCACCAUUUUUACUCAUAAGGAAUGCAACUAUUUCAGAUGUGAGUCAAGAGCUAAAGGUGUCGGCGUGACCUGUGGUUGAGUUCAGCAUCCCCCUGCUCUCCUGGAUGGGAUGACCC